GAGGCCGUGGAGGCCGCUUGUUUACGAAGAACAUUUUUUGUUUAUUUUUAUUUAUACCUUUCCGAUUAUCGAAAAAGUAGAACAGCAUGCAAGGAGGCAGUUAUUAUCCAAACUAUUUUUCACUGGAAGACAUCAUUGUGACACAAGAAAAAGUACCGUGCAUUGUUGAUGCGAAUUUAGUUGGAAUGGGUUGCAUCGAUCCGUCAUGUGAAACUGCAGAUCUCACAGUAGGUAAAAAAAUUGAACUUCCACUAUGGUACGCAAUGCAGUUCGAUUCGAACAGUAGAUACAGAAUAUUAAAAGUACAAGUUCCCGAUAUUUUCCAAAAAUUAUCCAAAGACAUUUGUGAGGCCGACGCAAACGCUGUGGACCUGGGUCGCAUGAAUAAAAACUUUUACGAAUUUGGUAGAUAUCUCACUCGUUUCGAUCAUGUGGGGCAUGUGGGGCCAAUGCUCGUAGAGACUUGUCGGCAACGGUCUAGAAAUUUAAUGGACUUAACCAAGGGCAAGGUGAACAAAUUCAAAAACGAGACAAAACUCGACAAUGCGGAAAAGGAACUGUACAUCAAAGGAAGCAAAACUAACGAAUCUUUUUCCAAAUGGCUAUUGGCAGAUGGUGUUACAAUACAAACGGCAGACAUGGUAUCGAAUCAUCGGAAGCGUAAACGAGCGGCCAUUGAUUUAUGAUCCGUGUGUAACAAAUAAAAGUAAAUUUGAUCUUA